AUGAAAUCAACAAGCAUUAUAGUAUUGCUAGCACUAAUUGGCUAUUCCUCUUAAGUUACUAGGCAUCCAGUGAGAUAGGAACUAGUUGAAGAGAUUAAACUUAAAGCAGAAUCUUGGACCCCAGUAGAAACUCACUAGAAUCUGUUGAGAGAUGUGCACCCAGAUAAGAUUAAAUCAAGACUUGGAAAUUUAGGUUUCCAAGAGGGUUCUCUGAUCUCUAAACUAAUGAGCUAUUUGCCUUUCAAAACCAAAUUCUUGGGAAAUCAUAAUCACGAGCACAAUGCCAAGUCAUCUCAUAAAAAAUUGCAAAGCCCUAUGCUCUAGGAUAUUUUCCCUUAGAGUUUUGACUUCAGAGAGCAGCAUCCUACAUGCUUGAGAGAGAUCAGAGAUCAACUAGACUGUGGAGCGUGCUGGGCUUUCUCAAGUUCUGGUAUGCUGGCAGAUAGAAUAUGCAAAGCCACUGAUGGCAAGGUAAAUCUCGAAUUCUCCCCUCAGGACAUGGUGGCUUGCAGUAUGGAUAAUUAUGGGUGUUAAGGGGGGUACCUAAUGAACUCAAUUGAUUUCUUAAUGAAUGAUGGAGUGGUGAUUGAUAAAUGCCAACCUUACAGGAAUGCUUUGAACAAAUGCGAGUACAGCUGCACUGAUAAGACUAUACCCUACAAAAAGCACUACUGCAGACCAGGUUCUCUCAAGAUAAUGACCACUGCUGAGGAAUUCAAGCAAGAGCUGUUAACUAAUGGGCCAUUCAUUGUUAGUUUGACUGUCUACGAAGACUUUAUAAACUACGGCAAUGGUACCUAUACUUACAUUGCAGGUGAAAUAAUCGGAGGCCAUGCCAUGAAAAUGAUGGGUUGGAGCACUGAGAAUGGCAAGACAGUGUGGCUAUUGCAAAAUCAAUGGAGCGAUUAAUGGGGAGAAAAGGGCUUUAUUAAGAUUCUAGAGGGUGAGAUUGGAAUUGAUUCAAUAGGUAUCUCUUGCCAACCAGAACUUAACUCUGAAGAAUCUAAGUGA